CUCCCCUCCUCCUCCUCCUCCUCCCACCUCGCCUGGCCAGGCAGGGCUCAUUCGCCUGCGAAUUCCUCUGGGGAGGGAUGGGAUCGGUGCUCAACCAGCAGUACCCAAGUAAAGUAUCGCUUUCUGGGGUGGUUUAUGUGGCUGAAAGAUGGAGUUAAAGGGCAGGAUCGCACGUAUGUACAGAGCAAACGUGAGCUGGGCUGCUGCGUGUGGGGGGAGUGUGAGAAAUAGAAGCGGAGUGAGUCACAGCAGAUGCUGCCUUUCCUUCGACAGUGCCCUGAAGCUUUGGAUGUUUUUGGUGCGUGUGUGCGUGUGUGUUUUUUUUUUAAUAAAAAAAUUACUACUUCCUCUGUGACUUUGGUGUACUUAAUGUUUUUGUGCGUAGGGGAAAAACAAAGGUUGGUUUCGUAAUGUUUGUUCGUGCGUGCAUGUGUUUUUGUGUCAUCUGUAGCAAUCGUUCUUGCACAAGCGCCAAGGAGAUGUUACUAGAAUUUAAUUCUUUCCCUUUUUGUGUGUGUGUACGUACGUCCUUGUUCUCCCACAAUCUCCUCUUCAAAUCAGCGGGGGCGCGUAAAGGUGGAGAUGAGCCCGGGAAAUUGCCGGAACAAGAAGAAGAGGAGGAGGAGGAGGAGGAGGAGGAAUCCCAGGUUUUCAACGGAACAGGCCAUUGCAAGUGGUUUAAUGUGCGAAUGGGGUUCGGAUUUAUUUCCAUGCUCAACCGCGAGGGAAGCCCCUUGGAGACUCCGGUUGAUGUCUUUGUACACCAAAGCAAGCUUUACAUGGAAGGAUUUAGAAGCCUAAAAGAAGGAGAACCAGUGGAAUUUACUUUUAAGAAAUCUUCCAAAGGACUUGAAUCAAUACGGGUAACAGGUCCAGGUGGGAUUCCCUGUUUAGGAAGUGAGAGACGACCCAAAGGAAAAACAGUACAGAAAAGAAAACCAAAGGGAGAUAGAUGCUACAAUUGUGGUGGCCUCGAUCAUCAUGCUAAGGAAUGUACACUACCUCCGCAGCCAAAGAAGUGCCAUUACUGUCAGAGUAUCAUGCACAUGGUGGCGAACUGCCCACAUAAAACUGUUCUGCAGCAGCCCACUAGUUAUCAGGGAAGAUACGAAGCAGAUCCCCAGCCCUCCACUUCAGCAUUCCUGAAAGAAGGGUCAGGGGCUUAUGGCUACACAUCUCCAUCCUAUUCUCAGGAGGGAAGAGCAGAUGUCUUAGAACGCUCAGGCAGGUCACCGCAAGAAGCUGGAGCAUCGAGUAAAUUAUCUCCAUCGCCUGAAGAACAGAGCCGGAAGGGGCCCUCUGUUCAAAAAAGGAAAAAGACUUAAAGCUUUUGUCUGUCAUCUCCUUUACCCUCUUGGGAUGUCUACCUCAUUCAAGCACAAGGAGAAUAAUUCCACAUAUCAUGCAACCAACUUCAACUUUUAACUACUGUUGAGAAAACUGUGGUCAUUCUGAAAACAACCAGACCAAUCACUCCAAGCAAACUCCAUUUGAACUGAGUUUCCUCUAUAUCAUUCAACUGCUUCAGACGCCACAAGAAACCAUGACUUGCUAUGAUGAGGAUAAGCUGCAGCAAGCCUUAGGAUCACAUGCUUCCCACAAUUCCCUGCUACCUCUCUCCCUGUCCAGCACAGCUGCAAGGAGCUGGGAAGCUUCUGGUUUUCUUCUUGAUUAUUUGCAGCUUGAUGUUUUGUCCAAACUGACAAACGGGGGUUAAUCUUAACUGGCUUGCUUGAAAUGAAACAAAUUCAGAUUGAGGGUUAUGAGCUGCUAAUUUCAGUAAACCAUAGUUAAGAUUAACUGCCGUUUGUUUGUUUUUGUUUGUAAUUGAAAACGUUUUUCGACUGCAUUUAUGGGCAAAUGCCCAUUCAAAGCCACUUAGAAGCAGAACAAAAGAUUAUAAAUAGUACGUGUUUAAACCACAGGACAUACAGCUGAACCUGCAGUUAAUCAAGCAUUAGAAUUGCAGCCGUGCCAGGAAAGGAAGGUGGGGGUGGAGGAAGCAGGCAACCUGCAGCUCAUUUCUGUCCUCAUAAACCAUCUCUGACUCUGUGCAUGUCUUGAAUGUAUACAUGCAACACUCUGUUUCCUUGGAUACCCAUUGGAAAGCAAUAGCCUGAGUAAUUUUUGAAUAGGCAUUCCUGGGAUUUUUCUUUAAUAUAUCAUUGCUAUUAUGGAAGAAAACGAAAGGGUGGGGAAGAGAUCACCACUGUUAUUUCAUGGAAGCCCAAAGAAUUUUUGCUACUUAAAAUCGCCAUUGCCAUGGUACUGAAGAUAUUAAGACAUCCCUGUAGGGUUCAGGGUAAGGCUUUUAAAAAAUAAUAAUUUCUUGCUCCCAUUAUCCAGGAUAGCGGUGCUUUUGAUAAACUUCUCACCUUGGAAGGGUAAUGUCUUGGUUUAAAUAACCCCCAGAAUUGCUACAAUGUUUAAAGGAUUAAAGGUAUUCCCCUCUCUUUCCCCUCCCCCAAAGACUAUGAAUGUGUAGUUUUCUGUGCUGGUAUCUCAAAUAUUGUAUUAAGUUAAUAUGGUUUAAAUGCAGGCGAGGUGACUUUGAGGCAGAAUGUAUACAUUGAUAUGAUUGUUUAGAGUUGUAUUGAGAUACCACCUUGAAUCUUUAUUUUGUGCAAAUCUUGAGGCGUUAUGAAGGCAGCAGUAGCAAUUAGCAUUCUCCUCUGACUCCGUUUUUACUGAUUACAUGCUAUAUAAGUGAAUAGAUUUUUACAUCUUUUGAAAAGGGAACACAGGUAAGAUUUCCUUUUUGCGUCUUGAUUCUAUUUUGAGAGACUGGACUUAAACCACUUGGCCUUUUAAUGUUACAAAUGUCAAGCUUUAAUAUUUACAGUGCAAUGGGAGUUUUGAAGCAGGUUUAUAUAGAGGCAAGUUGCAUUGAGUUCAAUGGGGCCUACUCCCAUGGAAACUGGGCGUAGCAAUGCAGCCUUUUUUAAAAGUCAAAAUUUAAUAAGAAAAAAUUGUAAUCUUCAUGCACACUAGAUUUUUAACAGUUUCUUAAGGAGUUGCCAAACUGAUUUGAUGUUGAAAACUCCAACUUAUAGUGAGAUUAGGAAGCCAAUCAUUUGACUGCCUAUUAUUUUAUCAUUAACCCCAAAAUAAGCCUGUGUCCACCAUAGAUAUGUCAUGUUGAUCAUUAGAAUAUUUCUUUAUCCUAUUGAACAUAAAGUGUUCUUUUUAAAUGCUUUGAAACUAAUCCCCUGUGUUAAUAUUAAAUAGACAUAGGCUCUGGAAUAGUCAUUAAGGCUACUCACGGUUAAUGACCUUGGACCUGUAGCCAAUGCUUGUAGCUAGCUGGUUUCUCUAAAGCCACAUUACUAAAUUGUCACACAUCAUUAUGCAUAAAGGUACCAUGUGCAUUGCCAGCAUUUUCUUUGAGGUGUUUGCUGGAUUAUUUGCCAUUCCCAAAGAUGCAAGCAUGUGGUUUUUCUUUUUCUUUUUAAGUUAUUUGCCUCCUAGACAGCGGCAGCUGCUGUAGGAACAAUCCAAAGAAACUUUGGUUGUAUGUAAAACAAUUCCCAUUAAAAUCUUGCCGGAACAUUUUCCCUUAACCCGUUGCUCACUUACCUGAGAGUAAGCCCAUGCAAACUCAGUGGGACUUCCUUGUGAUUAGACUUGUGCAAGAUUGCACUGUGAAAUGCUUUGACCAGAAUCUUCCAAGCCCCGUUUUAUCUGUUGUUUCACUGACAGCAAUAUGACUUGUUUUGAUAGGCCUCCAGUCAAGUCUGAUGUAACUCCAUUUGCUGCAUCGGAGUUACGCAGAGAAGACAUUUGUUCCUUGUUGGAGGACCCAAACCUUGAAUUAUUCCUCCUGCUGCUGCUGCCGCCACCACCUCUCUCCCCGCCCCCCACCUCACUGCAGAAAAUGUAUAUGUUUCAGCGACCUCAGUAACAGGCACAAAACCUAUGUCCCUUUGCUUGAAUUCCAUGACAGUGUUUGAGGGAGGUGGAUCUCAAUGGUUUAUACUGAAGUUAUUGGUGUGCUACGAUGAAAAGUUUUUUGUUUGUUUUUUUGACGAUACUGAAUGUGAUUAUAUGUAUAGAGGAGUACUUCCUUGCCUUAUGUAAGGACUGUAAACUUAUUUAAGUUAUGUAGACAAAUCAAAGUGGCAUUGCAUAACCUUUUAGCAGGUAUGAUAACUGGGUCAAACAGCAACAAUGCAAAACCUAGGUCACUUUGAAAAUGUAAACCAAAGUUCCUUGACCAUUACAUAUAGUAAGAUGGAAAUGGUGGAUUUGAAAACUGGCCAUUCCUCUGUUUACAUACUUUAAAAUUCCAGACCAGAAAUUAUUAGGAAAUGAAUAAAUUCUAGCAGCCACAGACUGAAUCACUGAGAGCCUAUCAAACCUAUCUUAUUAUUAAAAAGUUUACAUUUUAUUUUUAUAUAUCGGAGGAUGGUCAUUAUUACAAAAUAGCCUUCUCAGGACAAAGGACCUUGCUCAGGGAAAAUGCCAUGUUAAUCUUUUAUUUUUGUUUUACAGAUGACUUGCUUUUACUUGCUUGCUCAAAACAAACCAAAAAGAGACCUUUUAUAAUAUAUACAUGUUAUGUGCUGAUGAUAGUAGCUACCUCUGUUUACAUAUAAAGGAGUUUCUGAUAACUCAAAAUAUCAACCUUUUGCAUUAUGCUUUCCCGUUAAAACAGAAGCACAGUGGUAAUCCUGUUUUUAAGUGAACGUUUGUGACAUGACAUUCACAAGUGCGGCUGACUUUCAGAAUUGUGAGCUGAGCAACUCCUCACCAUUUCUGAAAUUCCAAGCCACAUUGUUUGCAUAAAGCAUAGUAAAGUUAUUCUGUUUACAAGCAAACAACUACCUCAUACUUGCCACAGAAGAAACACCUUUAUGCUGUUUAGGACUUAAAGGUGGCUGUUGAUCCUAUGGUACAUACCAGUUGUUGUUUUUGAAAUUAUUCUGCAAUUAAUACAGCUUUCACUGCACAAUGUUACAGCAAAUAUGUAUGUAAUUUAAACAUGAUGUGUCCAUUUGAAAUGAUGUGAGAGUCUCUUUAAAGUUUAGAUUUGCUUUUCUAGCUCAAAGGGAAAUGGGUGUUGUUUCACACACAAACGCCACACGUGAAGGUAACCGAUUUUCUGGGAAAGAAGCAGCAUGUGGCAAUUAAUUGAGUAUCCCUGGAUUACAAUUAAAUUACAAACAUGUUGUUGGUUUGGGCCAACAAUUACUUAAAUUAUCUGCUUUAAAUAAAUAUAAGCAGCACACACACA